AAAUUCGACCAACAAACUCACCACAGAGCUCAAACAACAGAGCAUUCAGCUUAUCCCAUCAUCAUCUUCUUCAUCUCAAAUUUCCCCAAUCCUUCAAAAUGGAUUCCAGAAUCACCACCGAUAGCAGCUCAGAAUCAACGGAAGAAUCCCAAUCAGAGCAAUCCCAGAACCAGAAUCUCCUCCCCCUCGCCUCCGCAGCCUCAAUCUCCCUCUCUCUCUCCACUCUCCUCCCCUCCCAUUUCCUCCCUCCCAAGCAAAUCGCCGCCGCCCCCUCCAAAGCCCGAAUCCCCUCCCAAAUCUCAUCCCUCUCCACCCUCUCCCUCUCCUCCUCCCCCUCCCCCUCCCCCGCAAAACCCCUCUUCAAAUCCACCGUUUCCGCCAUCCCCCUGCUCAACACCCUCACUCUUAACCCCAUCCGCCCCUCCAACCCCUCCGGCGUCGCCGCCCUCCGCCGCGCCGCCGUCGUCUGGUUCCGCAACGACCUCCGCAUCCACGACAACGAGUGCCUCACCGCCGCCAACAACGAUUCCGUCUCAGUCCUGCCCGUCUACUGCUUCGACCCUAGGGAUUACGGCAAAUCCUCCUCCGGAUUCGACAAAACCGGGCCGCACCGCGCCACUUUCCUGACGGAAUCCGUGGCUGAUCUGCGGAGGAAUCUGCAGGCGCGUGGGUCGGAUCUCGUGGUGAGAAUUGGGCGGCCGGAGAGUGUGUUGCUGGAGGUGGCGAAGGCGGUGGGGGCGGAUGCGGUGUAUGUGCAUAGAGAGGUCUCACACGAUGAGGUUCGGGCGGAGGAGAAGGUGGAGGAGGUGAUGAAGGAUGAGGGGGUGGAGGUGAAGUACUUCUGGGGAAGCACAUUGUACCACUUGGAUGAUCUUCCUUUUAAGCUGGAGGAAAUGCCGACGAAUUAUGGGGGUUUUAAGGAGAAGGUGAAGGGUUUGAAUGUGAGGGACACGGUUGAGGCGUUGGAUAGGUUGAAGGGGCUGCCGAAGAGAGGGGACGUGGAGCUUGGGGAGAUUCCCACAUUGAUGGAUUUGGGACUUAAUCCCAAUGCUGCAAUGGGGCAGAAUGGGAAAACGGCUUCUCUUUCGGGUGGGGAGACUGAGGCCUUGCAGAGGCUCAAAUCUUUUGCUGCUGAAUGCCAUGCAAAGCCUAAGAAUCAAUCUAAGGAUGGAGCCAAUGAUAGCAUAUACGGUGCAAACUUCUCGUGCAAAAUAUCACCCUGGCUAGCCAUGGGUUGCCUCUCUCCUCGCUCCAUGUUUGAGGAGCUCAAGAAAUCUGCUUCAAGUGUGAUCUCUGCUGCUUCUAACAAGCCAAAUGGUGGAGCAGGCUCAGGCGAUACCGGAAUGAACUGGUUAAUGUACGAGCUUCUGUGGAGGGAUUUUUUCAGAUUCAUCACCAGGAAAUACAGUUCCGCGAAGCAGCCAAGCUAUUCACCAGCAACGGCUUGUACAGGUAUGGCUGCCUGAGCAGGAAUUAGUCGAAAAGAUGAAUCGGCCAAGUUUCUAAGAGAGGGGGAAUGAUCCCUUUUGUAUCUGUAUCAUUUCUCUUUUAUCUGUUAGUUCCAACUGCUGGAAUGGGUGUCAUAAAAACCAAUGUCCAAGGACCGUAUAUUGGUUCGCUCGAAAAACAAGCAACGAGGGUGAUUGUAAGUACUACAUUAGAGUUGGUUGCUUGAUUGGUUCUAGGUUUUAUGUUGUCAUGCCCUUCCAAUACUCAAUACUGAAUGAACUUGAUUGAUCAUCACCACUUAA